AUGAGCGCGGGGGCGCUCGCCCUGGGCGCCUCCGAGCCCUGCAACCUGUCGUCCGCCGCGCCACUGCCCGACGGCGCGGCCACGGCCGCGCGGCUGCUGGUGCCCGCGUCGCCGCCCGCCUCGCUGCUGCCUCCCGCCAGCGAGGGCCCCGCGCUGCUGUCGCAGCAGUGGACGGCCGGCAUGGGCCUGCUGAUGGCGCUCGUGGUGCUGCUCAUCGUGGCGGGCAACGUGCUGGUGAUCGUGGCCAUAGCGAAGACGCCGCGGCUGCAGACGCUCACCAACCUGUUCAUCAUGUCCCUGGCCAGCGCCGACCUGGUCAUGGGGCUGCUGGUGGUGCCGUUCGGGGCCACCAUCGUGGUGUGGGGCCGCUGGGAGUACGGCUCCUUCUUCUGCGAGCUCUGGACCUCGGUGGACGUGCUCUGUGUGACGGCCAGCAUCGAGACCCUGUGUGUCAUCGCCCUAGACCGCUACCUCGCCAUCACGUCGCCCUUCCGCUACCAGAGCCUGCUGACGCGCGCGCGGGCGCGGGCCCUCGUGUGCACCGUGUGGGCCAUCUCGGCGCUCGUGUCCUUCCUGCCCAUCCUUAUGCACUGGUGGCGGGCCGAGGGCGACGAGGCGCGCCGCUGCUACAACGACCCCAAGUGCUGCGACUUCGUCACCAACCGGGCGUACGCCAUCGCCUCGUCCGUGGUCUCCUUCUACGUGCCGCUGUGCGUCAUGGCCUUCGUGUACCUGCGCGUGUUCCGAGAGGCGCAGAAGCAGGUGAAGAAGAUCGACAGCUGUGAGCGACGCUUCCUCAGCGGCCCCGCGCCCGAGCCGGGGCCCCCGCGCCCGGGCCCCGGCUCCAGCCCCGGCUCCGGCUCCGCGGCCGCGCUGGCCAACGGGCGCCACAGCAAGCGGCGGCCGUCGCGCCUCGUGGCCCUGCGCGAGCAGAAGGCGCUCAAGACGCUGGGCAUCAUCAUGGGCGUGUUCACGCUCUGCUGGCUGCCCUUCUUCCUGGCCAACGUGGUGAAGGCCUUCCACCGCGACCUGGUGCCCGACCGCCUCUUCGUCUUCUUCAACUGGCUCGGCUACGCCAACUCGGCCUUCAACCCCAUCAUCUACUGCCGCAGCCCCGACUUCCGUAAGGCCUUCCAGCGCCUGCUGUGCUGUGCGCGCCGGGCCGCCCGCGGGUGCCACGCGAACCCCCGCGCCCGGCCGCGCGCCUCGGGCUGCCUCGCGCGCGCUGGACCUCCGCCGUCGCCCGGGGCCGCCUCGGACGAGGAGGACGACGACGUCGGGGCCACGCCACCCGCGCGCCUGUUGGAACCCUGGGCAGGCUGCAAUGGUGGGGCGGCGGCGGUGGCGGCGGCGGCGGACAGCGACUCGAGCCUGGACGAGCCGUGCCGCCCGGGCUUCAACUCCGAGUCCAAGGUGUAGGGCCCGGCGCGCCCGGGUGCCCUCCGCGCUCCCCGCGUCCCGGACGCGCGCCUUGCGCCCGGGGAGGAGGAGCAGGGGAGCUCGCCCGGGCGCCGCGGGGUGCGGGUGGAGGGGAGAGGAGAUGGGUGUUUACUCCAGACCAACGGCAGGUGAACUCGAAGCCCGCAGAUGGCUUCUGCAUCGUCCGGGACAGACAGGCCGAGGGGCCUCUGCCCAGGAAGGAAAGUCUGGGGAACGGGUGGGAGAGUGGCUUGCCCAGUUUUCUGCGUGCGUUUUCUGUCUGUGGUUGGGCCUCGGGUGUGUGCCUGGGAUGCCUCUUGGGAAUUCUUUCUUUCUUUCUUUCUUUCCAGGUGGUUGUUGACACUUUCUGCG